AUGGAACUCUUGAGAGAUAUUCGCAGUGGGGCACUGUUUGGACCACAAGCGUACAUCAUCUAUGUCAUCGAAAUGCAGAAACGAGGCCUUCCCCACGCGCACAUAGCGAUCCGCGUGGCUGAUGGUGGCCCCACCCAAGGCAGGGACAUAGACAAAGUCAUCCGUGCCGACAUACCUGGCCCUGAAGAGGCCGGAGGCCGUCUACGUCAACUCGUCUUGCAACACAUGCUGCACGGCCCUUGUGGUAGGCAGUACAAUCGCACCAACCUCCCCUGCUGGGACGACGACAAGCUCAAAUGCAACAAAUUCUUCCCCAAACCACAGAAUGAAACCACUUUCAUUGACGACCGCGGUUUCGUCAAUUACAGACGUAAUUACAACAAUACCUGCAUGAGCAUGUACAGGAACAGAGAAGUAGAGGUCCACGAUGGCUGGAUCGUGCCCUACAAUCCCUUUCUACUCCUUAAAUACAACGCCCACAUAAACCUCGAGAUCGCCUCCACGAGGAAGGUCAUCAAAUACCUGUUCAAAUACUUACACAAAGGCACCUCUCAAUCCAACGUGCGUGUGCUCCCACUUGACCAACAGGUCGAUGAGCCCGAAGAAUACGCCACCAAACGAAUGAUAGGAGCCAGUGACGCCUGCUGGCGCCUCCUCGGCUUCGAUCAGACCGUUUCAGAGCCAUCCGUCACAAUGCUUCCCGUGCACCUAGAAGGGGAACAAUCAGUCACUUACAAACCCGGCAACGAAGCAGACGCUUUGGAUAGAGCCACCUCAACACUGCUUCGCUACAUGGCCCGCCCCGCAAACGCAGAGUUUGACAAUAUCACGUACCAGGAAUUUUAUGAGAAUUACAUCGAGCACGCCAAGCGACCCACCCGCAACAUGAACGUCCCCGUGUAUGAAAACACAACAGGGACCCACUUUUACACACGGCGCCAGCUCGGUGAACUCGUCUCACGUAUGUUCUGGGUCAGCCCGAAUCGCGGUGAACUCUAUUACCUCAGAGUCUUACUAGCCAAUCUCCCAUGCCGCGGGUAUGCAGAUCUGCUUGCUCGCGCCGGUGACGAUUGCGCAACGUUUCAAGAGGCCGCACGGCGUCUCGGGUUAGCCGACAACGAGAAGGAAUACGCCGAAACUCUGCAGGAGGCUUCUUCCUUCAUGACAGGCGUUAAGCUACGCAACUUCUUCUGCUUGCUAGCCAAUGUCGGCGCCCCAGCUGCUCUUCUCUGGGAAUCAUUCAAAGACAAGCUCUGCGAGGACCACCUGGAAAGGCACCCCGACAAUCCAGAAAAGGCGUACAAGCUAGGACUCAUUCAGAUCGACCGAUCACUCCGCAGAAAUGGGUCCUGCCUCGCUGCUUACGGACUCCCUGUCGUUCAGGACGACAGUACAGAGCUCGGUAGACAAUUCCUCACUUAUAGCGAGGAAGCCCAGAGACGAAUCGUCCAAGACUGGGAACCCCGCCUCACUGUAGAGCAGAGCGACGUGCUUCAAUACAUCAAAGCGUUAGUCGAAGGAUACGCCCCGGCAGACGCACCGACGGCACUGUUCCUCGACGGUCCCGGUGGUUACGGCAAAACACAACUACUCAAAGUCAUCGCAUCUUACCUGAGGUCGAAGGGCAAGGUCUCCCUCUGCGUAGCAAGCUCUGGAAUCGCUGCCCUCAAUUUGGAAGGGGGAACCACGGCUCACGCCAUGUUCCGCUUACCGCUGGACCUCGGAGACGGCCUCGGCAACUGGAACAUAAGCAAUGGUACACAAAGGGCUCAGCUCGUCCGCGCUGCCACGCUUAUCAUCUUCGACGAAGCCCCCAUGAUGCAUAGACACGGCUUUGAGAUGCUGGACCGAUCUCUCAAAGACCUCAUGGGCAAUGACCUUCCAUUCGGUGGCAAGAUUAUUCUAUGCUCCGGAGACUUCAGACAAAUCGCACCAGUAGUGCCACGGGCACGGUGCCCCUCUGAUGUUGUCGCGGUUUCACUCCGCUCUUCACACCUGUGGGAAUUCUUCAAAGUUUUCAAACUCACAGUACCACAGAGAACGCGGGGAUCCGACGACUACUCACAAUACUUACUGCACGUGGGUAACGGUACCCUUCCUGAAACCACAUUUGGAGAAGGCCGCGAACAGGAGAAACUCGUCCCACUUCGAUCUCUGCGUCACAUGACCACACUCCAUCAGCUUAUUGAUGAAAUCUACCCCGGUCACAUCCUCAGCAACCCCGACGCAGCUGCUCAGAGGGCCAUACUCGCCACACUAAACACCAACAUCAGAGCCAUCAAUGACGUCAUACUUCACUCAUUGCACGGAACACUUCACGAGCUCCUCAGCUACGACGAGGUAGACAAAGAGGCUGACGACGGCUUCGACGUGGACGAGGAAACACUCCACCAAACUCGUGCCAAGGGGGUACCCGACCACAUCUUGAAACUGAAAAUCGGGGCCGUUUGCUUCAUAACAAGGAACCUAAACAUUGAGGAAGGACUGGUUAACGGCACUAAAGUCGUCGUCGAGGCUGUAAGCCCCAGGAUUGUCAGAGUCCGCAAGGCAGGAGGCAACGAAACAUUUGCUAUUCCCCGUAUCACGUUUAAAUUCCCAAUAGUAGAUGGCGCCCCACUUAUGAUCAACCGAAGACAGUUUCCACUGCAACUGGCAUACGCCAUGAGCUUCCAUAAAUCACAGGGGCAAACCAUCAACAAAGUUGGUGUAGACCUGAGAACUGACUGCUUCACUCACGGUCAGCUCUAUGUAGGACUCAGCAGAGUCCGCUCUCCAGACGACAUAGUCGUCCUGGUGCCACACGACCGCAUCCACGAUGGCGUGGCCUACACCAAAAACAUUGUUUACCACAACCUUCUCCAAUAA